UAAAGGCUCGGUUUUCUUCAGACAAAGGACACGUAGUUCAUUUAGGAGUCUUGAAUUUCUACUGAGGAACGCGCUGAAAGUGAAUUGUAAGUAAACUUUCUGUACUGAAAAAUAAAAUAAGGAUAAUGGCUGAGAGAGCUCUUUUUAAAAGUUUCCUGAGCUGCCAUGUGUGUUCAGAGACUUUUAGAGAUCCUGUGUCUCUGAGCUGCAACCACAGCUUCUGUUCAAGCUGCCUGCAGAAAUUCUGGGAACAAGCUGGAAACAAGAACUGUCCCAUCUGUAAAAGAUCAUCGAAGAAAAAUCCAUCCAUCAACUUCUCCCUCAAAGAACUUGCUGAUUCGUUUGCCGGAAAGCAGAAUGAAGCUUCGAACGAGAUGGAAAAGGAGAAAGAGAAGAAGGUGGUGUGUGAGAAACACUCAGAUGUUCCUUACUGGUUCUGUAAAGACGAGCAGAGAGCUGUGUGUCCUGUCUGUGAGUUUUCUCUCCACCAGAGUCACAAAGUGGUUCCUAUAGAACAAGCAGUCAGUGAGCUGAAGGACCAGCUGAGAUCUGACUUAAAGUCUCUGCAGGACAAGAGGAACACACAAGAAGAAGUGAAGACAGAAUACGAUGAGAUGAUUGAACACUGCAAGAAGCAGCUGUUGUCCACAGAGAGACAGAUCAGAGCCGAGUUCAACAAGCUCCACCAGUUCCUGAGAGAGGAAGAGGAGUCCAGACUGGCAGCUCUGAGGGAGGAAGAGGAGCAGAAGGGGAAGACUAUCAGCAGAGAGAUGAAGAUGAUCCAGGAGCAGAUCUCCUCUCUGUCAGACAGCAUCUCUGCUGUUGAAGAAGACCUGCCGAAAGACAACGUGUCGUUCCUCAGCAGUUAUAAAGCCACUCAGAGCAGAGCCAGAGGUCAGAGGUCACUGUCAGAUCCACAGCUGGUCUCAGGAGCUCUGAUAGAUGUGGCCAAACACCUGGGCAACCUGUCCUUCAGAGUCUGGGAGAAGAUGAAGGAGAAGGUCCACUUCAGUCCUGUCAUUCUGGACCCAAACACUGCAAAUAGAUGGCUCUACAUUUCUGAUGAUCUGACCAGUGUGAGACACGGAGACACAGAGCAGCGGCUUCCUGAUAAUCCAGAGAGGAACACUAAGUAUAGCAAUGUUUUUGGUUCUGAGGGCUUCAGCUCAGGGAAACACAGCUGGAAGGUGGAGGUUGGAGACCAUCCUCGCUGGGUUAUCGGUUAUGUUAAAGAGUCAGUUGAGAGGAAGGGAAAGACAUCUGCUUCACCAGAGGAUGGAACCUGGUGUUUAGUUCAUUGUGAUGGAAAAUACACUAAUGGUGAUGGUCAAACUCUCACAGUAAAGAAGAAUCUCCAGAAGAUCAGAGUCCAGCUGGACUAUGACAGGGGGGAGGUGUCCUUCUACGACCCUGAAGACAUGUCUUACAUCUACACUUACAGAGACACUUUCACUGAGAAACUUUUCCCUUUUUUAGGUGUUGGAAAAGCUGCUGAUGCCAAAACUUCUGAUCUCAAAAUCUGUCAAACUGAGAUUUCUGUUUAAACAUCAAAGUUGUGUUUUUAAAAUUCUCUGACUAAUUUUUUGUAUUUUUAGAUAUUUCUAUUUGCAGUGAGACCAACCUUUGUUU